AUGUUAGAUACAACAACUAUUCUCAUACCAACAAUAAAUGCAUCUUGUUCAUUUAAUUUAAAAAAACUUUCAAUAUCAAAUUGUCGAUUUAUUUCAUUGAUUCAUGGUUUGACUUAUUUUCUAUUAGCAUUAUCUCUUUUACCACAAAUUAUUCAUUUAUUCAAAUAUGGUCGACGAUAUAUAGCUGGCAUUAGUUAUAUAUGGAUAAUAAUUCGAAUACUUGCUUUAACUUUAUUAAUCGUAGCAAAUACAAUGAAAUGGACAGUAGUUUUUGAAUUCAUUGCAAUUUUAUCAACAUUUGGAAUAUUCUUACAAAUUAUUAAUUAUUCAAAUAAUCUUGGUCGACAAAAUAAACUUAAAUUAAUUCUAUUUAGUUUAUUUAUAUGUUUUGUGGGUGGAAGUAUGAUAUUUCUUCUUACAAAACAAAAGAAUUUAUUAAUAAAUAUUGGUUAUAUAUUACUUGCUGCACAUAUAUUACCACAAAUUUUACUCAAUUCUUUCUUACGAACUACAAAAGCGUUAUCAGAAUUUGCUAUAAUAUUAUUAUUAUUAAGUGAUAUAUUUUUAUUUUAUUAUAUUGUUAUAACAACAAAUUCAUUGAUACAUUCGAUUUCAAUUUAUUAUUGUUGUUCAUUUGAUUUAUAUAUUUUACUACAGAGUAUAGUUUAUGUUGAUGCAGAUAUACAUAUAAUAUCUCGUUCGGAUCAUACAGUUCUUACACCGGGUGUUGAUAUUUUACAUGAUCUUGAAUCUGGAGAAACACGAAAUAUAGAAAAAGAUUCGGAAAUGUAUCAUAAUGAUGAUGUUGAAUCAAUUGAUGGCAGUGAUAUUAUUUAUCAAAAAGUUACAACAAAUAAAUCACCAAUACCGACAACCAGACGAGCACCUAUGAACACUUUUUCUUGGUAUGCAAGCGUAGGAUGGAUUAUUUUUGUUGAAAUUUUACUUACAUUAUCACUUAUCAAUCAUGUUCGAUCUUUAUGGGUAAUAAUUAUUCCUUUAGCGUUUCCGGUUAUAUUGGGCAUCUUCUUUUUAAUACGUACUAAAUUAAAUGUUUUAUAUUUGGAGACUUUAAGAAAAAUUCUUUAA